AAGAGCCUCCCUCCCGCCCUGACAGCUGGCACCGAGUCUGUAGUCCUGGCAACACCAAUCCCAGGCUGACGGGAAGUGAGAGAGCCGCCCAACCCACCAGCUAAGGCAUUUCUGAGAGCCCGGAAAAGACCCAAGCCUAGAGAGGACGCCGAGCCUGGGUUGCCCUGAUGCUCACUUCAUCAGGCCGUCCCAGAAGACCCUUGGGACAUCCGGAUCCUCCAGGCCCCCAAGUGAUGUUGUCCCGGGGGCCUGUUCUGUUUCUCUGCCUUUUACUGCUGCUGCUGCCAGAGGCAGCUGGGGAGGAAGGGGGAGAGACCUGGUGGGACAGACAGGGGGCCCCCACAGUCAAAAAGGUGGGAAAAGGCCUGACGGACCGUGUGAAGGCUGUGACAGCUCUCUCCAAAAAGUACUGGACUUACUUCUCCCGCCAAGUGUGGCCCCAGGACUAUGACAAGGAAAAGGAAGCUGCCUCAAAGUCACUGGGGUGGACCUUUCCCCUACUGGGCCAGCAAUACCUGAAUAUUCUUUCUAACUGGUACUGUCACUUCAAGGAGUGCUGUGGCAGGGAUGACUGCAGGAUAAUCAAUAACAUCACAGGCCUAGAGAUAGACCUAAGCACCCGACUCCAUGGUCAGCACUUGGCCCACGAAGUGAUUCUGAAAUCAGUAAAGGGGUACCUCUCAGUGCCCCAGCCAGAGAAACCUCUAGCCCUGUCCUUCCAUGGCUGGUCUGGCACAGGCAAGAACUUUGUGGCUCGGAUGCUAGUGGAUCACCUGUACCGAGAUGGGCUGGAGAGUGAAUGUGUUCAAGUGUUCAUCUCCACGCUUCACUUCCCUCAUCUGAAAUAUGUGGACAUAUACAAGGAAAAGCUGAUGGAACAGGUGAGUGACACAGUACAGAGCUGUGGCCAAGCCCUGUUUGUCUUUGAUGAGGCUGAGAAACUAGCCCCAAGUCUGCUGGAGACUCUGAAACCAUUGCUGGAUCACUAUGACACCAUCAGGGAGGUCGAUUACAGGAGAGCCAUCUUCCUCUUCCUCAGUAACCUUGGGGGCAACACCAUCAACGAAGUGGUCCUGAGCUGGCUUAGGGCAGGAAGGUCCAGGGAAGAGAUCACGAUGGAAGACCUGGAGCCCCAUCUCCAGGCCGAGAUUCUGAAGUCAACAGAUAGCAACUUUGGCCACAGCCGACUUGUGAAGGAAAACCUGAUUGACUUCUUUGUCCCCUUCUUGCCACUUGAGUACCAUCAUGUCAAACUGUGUGCUCGAGAUGCUUUCCUGGGUCGGGACCUUGAGUAUACUGAGGAGACACUGGACAAAGUUGCCAAGAUGAUGAUGUAUGUACCCAAGGAAGAGAAACUCUUCUCUGCUCAGGGCUGUAAGUCCAUUUCCCAGAGAAUCAACCUCUUCCUGCCUUGAGGGCCACCUUAGAGGACUACAUGAGAGCAGAGGGAGACUGUUGUUUACCUCUCCCUAACCAAAAGGCCUCCUAGGAACAUCACUUGACACCCAGACUCUUGCAGGAAUAUCAACUAUGGAACCCUUUUAUCUUGGGGCUUUGUAGGACAGGAAGAAAAGCCUGAGCUCUAGCAAACACAUACCUGUGGGGUGUCCAAAGAAGGAUGACUACUUGCCAGUCGUUAAAAUUAUUUUGGUGCCUUUUAGGGGAACCACGGCUGCUGGACAGUGGGAGGGGAGGGUUUGUACACAAGGACAGACUAUGUGUAAAGUGAGAAGUUGGGGCAUUCAAAGUGAAAGUGAAUCCUAGUUGUAUGGCUCUUAAGCCUAGAGCUAAGGGGAAGGUGAGGUUUUAUUUAAAUAGGGGUUAAGAGCCUCUCUGCUUCCAAGUUGUUUCCUUGGAACAUCCCAGGUGUAACCAGUGGGAAUUCAGGAAGAGAAAAUAAGACAGAGCCUUAGCCAGUUCAGGCAAGGUCUAACCGCAGGGGAAACAUUAGUACCGCUUUUCUGUUGCUUCAGAUUUUUAAAGAGAAAUUAAC